AAAAAAAACCAAACACACACACACACACCCCCCAAAGGGGAAAGAAAGGGAGGAACCUCUCGUCUUCCCCCUUCCUCCUUCGCCUUCCCCUUCUCCUCGGCUCCUCCUUCUCAUCCGCGGCGGCAAACUGAAGCUCAGGAGCUCGCUACAGAGAUUGCCUCGAUCCUGCUUUCCCAAGAAGCUUAAAUUUCUUUAGGGUUUUCGCGUCUCCGCAAGGGAGCGGAGUUAGGGCUGAGCCUUCGUGAUGGCGGGCACGAAGGCUGAUGCAAACGCAGAAACAGGGGACGGCGGCAGGGGAGGCGGCUCCUUUAGCGAGCAGAGAUUGGUCGACAAGCUCAACAAGCUCAACAGCUCAGCGGCGAGCAUUCAGACACUUUCACAAUGGUGCAUUUUUCACCGCAAGAGAGCCAGAAGGGUUGUAGACACAUGGGAAAAGCAGUUUAAUAGUGCAACAAAGGAUAAGAAAGUAUCGUUCCUGUAUCUAUCAAAUGAUAUCCUGCAAAACAGUAAACGCAAGGGAGGAGAAUAUGUGAAUGAGUUCUGGAGGGUUCUACCUAGAUCACUGAAACAUGUCUAUGAAAUUGGGGGAGACGAAGGAAAGAAAGUGGUGGCGAGAUUGAUAGCAAUUUGGGAUGAACGGAAAGUUUUUGGGACCCGUAUUGAAAGUCUGAAAGAUGACAUUGUUGGUAACAACCCUCCUGCAUUGGAUAACAAUGGGAAUAGUUCGAACCCUAGCUCUAAUCCCUCUUCAAACUCCAAAGCUGCAAGGAAAGAUUCCAGUACAAUAGUAAAAAAACUGACUGUUGGCGGGAUGCCUGAAAAGAUUGUAACUGCAUACCAAUCGGUGCUUGAUAAACAUUUUGAUGAAGACACAGCUUUGAACAAAUGUAAGAGUACUGUUGGUGUUUUGGAGAAGAUAAAUAAAGAUAUAGACAAUGCUUGUACACAUGGUGUUCAGCCAGCAUCAUCAUUGAUUUCCGACCUUCAAGAACAGGAAACAACCCUAAAGAAGUGCAUUAAACAACUUGAAAGUGUCGAGACGGCGAGGAUAUCCCUGAUCAAUCAAUUAAAAGAAGCCCUCAGUGAACAGCAGUCGAAGUCGGAGCUUCUUCACAGUCUGUUGCAAGUUGCUCGAAUAGAAGCUGAACGUGCCAUGCAACUAAGACAACAACAUGGUGGUACCCUUGUCACCAAUGGUGCAGGAUCGAGUUCUAGCCCACUCAUGAUUACUUCUCCAGAGCAAACAGCUACCACGACGCAGAGUUCAGGAGUAAGGCCAAUAUCUCCCCAGUUACAACCACUGCAUCCAGUGACCUCACUUCCCACCGCAGUCAGUGCAGUGGGUGACGAGUCCAAGAAAACGGCAGCAGCUAUGGCAGAUAAGCUUGCAUCUUUGUCAGCACCUGAGCAGGUGCUGUCCUCCAUUUUGUCAUCCUUUGUUGCUGAGCAUGCUGCUUCCAUGAAUAGUGGAUCGCCUUCUGGAGAACUCUCUGCAGGACCACCAGGCUUCCAGAUUGAAAAGAGGCCUAGGAUUGAGAAAUACGCGCAGGCUGGUGACAUGGUUGCUCCUCCCUUUUUUGGGCAAUUGCCACAGUUGCAACAACAGAUUGGAGCAGUGUCUACUUCUCUUGGAGGCACACAACCACCAACGCAAGCAAACCAAGCACCUGGCACAUUUCCACCACCUCCACCAUUGCCACCACUUUUGCAACAAUUUAAUCAAAGUACUGGAGGAAUGAUCGGAAUGGGACCUUUUGGGAUGAUGGUCGGCUCUAUGCCACCUCCGCCUCCACUGUCUAACAUUCAGCCAGCAGGUUUUCCAAGACCAAGCGGACCACCCCCUCCACCUCCGCUUCCACCAGCUCAGAAUCAACCCCAGCAACAGCAGUUUCGUCAGGCACCACAGCAAUCACCGACAUCAACUGGAUUCUUUCAAUCAUCAGGCAUUGGGUUCUUCCCUCCGGUGCAGGUACAGCAAUCUCCGUCUGUCCAACGACAGUGAUUCAACGGCAUCCGCCAGACUAUAAAGGUAGCACAAGGUUGUGCUAACUUUGUAUAUUAAACAAUAAUCCCCGAGUAUUAAGCUUUUACUAGAUUGGUCCUGCAAGCCAAGCAGGAUCAAUGCUGAAAGAUUUGUAGAAUAGGAGUGCAGCUUUUGUGAUGUAUAACUGUUCCUUUUUGUCUGAGGAGUUUGUUGAACUCUUCCUGGUCAUGUGAAGCAGAGUUAGACUUUCAUUUUUCUUUGCAUUGAUCCUUAAUUAGUCCUGAGGCAAAGGGAAAGUGACAUGACAUUGUUGCUUACGAGCUGCCCAAUGGUGGAACAGUUUUAUGGCUGAAACAGUUGUAAAACUUACUGGUCAUAGUCUCAUAGAUAUGAUGUGAACUGCAAAUA